UUGACAAAUGUUUCGUCAAUUCGGAUGUUUGAGGAAUGCUAUGGAUGCCAUGCAUUUCUUUUUUUUUUUUCACCUUUGUAUGCCACGCUUUGUCAGCUUGUUUCCCUCUGCCCAAUUUCCGCGAUUUUUUGAAAGUCAGGAAAUAGGGGAACGCCCAAUUCGCAACACCUUUGGAAAAUUCCCUUUGUUCGAUUAAUUUUUUACACGCUGUAUUUGUUUCACGUUUGUAUUCAUGUUCACCUCACCUGUCGUGAACUUUUUACGGGCAUCAUAAUUCGUUGCUGAGGAAAAUGAUAACCCCUUUGUCUUUUCCGUAACUUUUUUGAAGACCAGUUGGAAGUUGUCUUACGUGCGGGUAUUUGCGCAAAGCUGCUAAACUGCUAAACUGCGCUUAACUCUAUUUGUUCGUUUUACACAUAUGGGUGCGUCUACGCCCGUGUGCACGUGGUGAUGAGCGAAGACUCCUUCACGUGAACGAGCCCCCCCUCGCGCGUAAAUAUUUGUCCCCCAAAAAUUUGCAUGCACGUAACUCGUCUGCAAAUUGGUGAUUUUUUCCGCACACUUGUGACUAUCCCCGCGAAGCACAUACACCACUAUGCCGUUGUGAUGGUAUUAUCUCAUCUUGACAUUCUGACCUCCCCACGUUAACACAUGCGUGCACGUACACAUAUGCGCAUAGCCCCCCCUUAAACACACAUAUACAUGUUAGCCAAACAGGGGACGCAACUACCGCGCAGCAUGAACAGAACGGCCGACCCGAGCUACUCAAAUGAGGGCAGCCUGGAAAACGCCACAGUGCCUCACAAUGUAGAAGCAAAUGGCCAUGUGACGGAAGGGCAGACUUCCCAUGAUGGCACCCCCACCCAGAAAGACGAAAAAAUGGAUCAAAAAAAGCAAACUAAGCAGAACGAAGGGAAAACCAAUCCGCAUGAUGGGGAAGAAAAAAACAACCAAAUUACAAAUGAACUUUUGCUGAAGCAUCACGAAAUGGUUAGCUCGGAUAUACAGCAUAGGAACAUAACGCACAGAGGGAAGAAGGACUUGGUGGAGAAAAGACGAAAAACGUUUAGCGUCAGUUCCUCUAAGGCAGUUUUUCUAAAAGGGAAAAAAAACAUCUUUGAUACCCACUUGACGAAGGAAAAAUGUCAAGAAAAUAUCGAAAAAAUAAAUGAAAAAAUAAACAACACAAUGAAAAGGAUACUAAAAUUGUAUAACGAGUCAAACAAGAAGCAAUACUUAUCAAGGCUAUUCCAAAUGAAAGACAUCAAUUGUCUAUUCAGUUGCAUGUUCUUCUGUCUGCUGAUUAUAUUUUCCAUUAUGAAUGAAUACGUCGGAGUGUUACUCUCCAUCCUGCUACUGAUCAUAUCGAUACAGCUAAAAUUUAGUCGCUCAAAUAUGGCUUUGCUUAACUCAAUUGUUGCCAUUGUUUUCAUUUCCAUAGCCACUGCGUAUUCCUUUUCGAACAUAAAAGUGGAGGACAUCCCCGAUGAUAGCAUUACACGGACUGAUCUCUCAAAUGCGAAGACGAAUAGGAGACUACUAAUUUUGGAAACGGUCAUAUGUCUAGCCUAUGCUUCCAUCCUAUUUAUCUAUAUGAUUUCUCUACGGUCUGUAAAAAGGUGCAAAGAAAAACACGUCUGGAUAUACCACCAUAUAGUCACCUUUUUCAACUUCCUGGAUGUAUGCAUCCUCUUUACCUUUGGAGCGCUAGCCUUUUUCUUUAUCUUUAUUUGCCUAGGAGAAACGCUAUUCAUCAUCACGUCCUUCACGUUAUUCUCGACCAGUGUCCUUACCUACUCCCUUCGCAAAAACAGCAGCGUAGGAACGUUGAUAGUCCAAACGAUUGCCAUCAUAACGAAUGCGAUUACAGCUAGCACGUCUUUAUCGAAAAACACGGCAACACAGCGAUUGGCAGAUCUACCUCCUGACGAAUUGGGACAAUUGAGCAACAGGAUAUUCCUCUUCUAUAUGAUCUUUCUUAUCCUUUUUUUGGUUCUUCACUUGUUGUACAUUUUUUACAUUUUCUUUUCUCACAAGAAUGUCUUGGCCAAGUGCUUUUCCCAGAGGUCUGCCUACUACUCGAGCGUCUUUCCUCACCCCGCAAGAGCUGUGGAUGAUCACCCUGGCGAGGUUACCCACAGCAGUGCGAACGACCAAAGUGAUCAAAACAGCAUGUGUAAUAAAAAAUAUGAUAGGCACAGCAGAGGGAACCUCCCUAACAGGGGGGAGAUCCAUUUUGUGAGAGAAAAGUACCUACUCAGUUUAGAUGAUGAGAACAAAAUUCUUAACGUCCAGAGGAAAAGCUGCAAGCAGGUGCAGCUCGAUAUGGGCAAGUACACGUACAACGAGCUUCAUUUGUACAAGCACCUCCUGCUCAACACAGCGGUCGAGUUGAAGCGCUCGCUGUGGAGGCGCAGGGGGGGAGGGGCCACAUCCAGGGGGGCAAAAAAAAGGGGCAAACGGGGGAAAAGCACACAUAAUAGGAAUACACAUAAGAAGGCCACAUAUGAGAAGACCACACAUGAGAAGCUCAGUAUAGGUGAAAAGAAAAGACCCAAGCGAAUGCACCGGUUGAGAAGCCCGCCAAGCCAAGGAAACAGCCAGACGGAAGACUUCGUACUAAGCAUCAACGAGGAGUCGUCCGAAUGCCAGACCAACCACUGCAACACAGAUGAGGGUGCCAUCACUCGAGCAAAUAAAGGACGAUGCAGGAGGAACAACAAAAAGGGUGCACCUAAGAGUGCCCAUUUUUUGCUAAAAAAAAUAUCCCUCGUUCAGCAGGAAAGAAGGCGGAAUAAGGUCCCUCCAAAGAGGCCACUGCAGAAUUAUGAUCUUUACCUUACGCACUGCGAAAAUGAUAUAUACUGUCCCUCCUCCCUAUUUUACACAAAAUACACACACAUAAUAGAUGUCCUAUUAGAAAACUACGAUGAGCUUAUAUUUUACUUGGACCGAAAGAAGUUCUUCCUGGGGCUAAGCCGGUUGGCUGAAAGGGCAGAUCCACCUGCAAAGGGUCAAAUUGUUUCCUGCCAAAAUGGCGCAACUGAAGGGGAUAUAUCCAAAUGCGGAUCGGCUGUAAACUCCAGUGUAAUUUCACCGAAGAGUAGCAUGAACGACUCUUCGCCUCCUUUAUCACACCCAACUUUGGAAAAGAUUGCUGAGUCGCCAUCCCUUCAGAAUGAAUCUUCAGAGUCGAGUUCGCUAAAGGAUGCCUCUACUCCCCCAUCGGAAGAAAGAAGUCCCAAUUACAUGCACACAAAUUGGACUAGCCAACUUAGCAGUAGUGUACACUUAACGACCGAAUACGGGGCAGCAACUGAGGGAGAUUUCCUAAAGGCGCAAAGUUGUAGAGCCGAUUUGAUAACUAGUGCGUCCAAAUGGGCAGAGGUGCUGAACGGAACCGAAGAUGAAUUAAACGAGUGUUACUCACUCUUCAUGCUAAACGCAGAAGGGAACGCGGCGAGGGAGAGGGCCAACUCGCUGUUUAGCAAUCUCAACAGUGAUUAUAUGAACAUCCCCGUGUUCUCCUCCGCGUCCAACUCGCACACUGACGAUGAGGACGGAAAAGCGGCGGAGGGCAAAGCGGCAGAGAGCAAAACCGCAGACAACAAAACCGCGGAGAACUACUUCUGGUACUACUCCCCCGGCAUCAUCGGAAGGGUGUACAAAGAAUGGCUAAAAUGUAAAAAUUUAGAUUAUAAAAAAAUGAACAACGAUUUCUACUACCUCUUCGCUAACUCGAACAAGCUGCACGAAUUCAUCAAGUCCAAUCACACCACUCUGGAAAAACAGGAGGAAAUUAAACUCUUCAAUAUUAGUCAAGUGCUAAGCAGCAACAAUAGUAUUAUAAAUUCUAUUAAGAAAUCCUUUUCGUCUUUUAAGGCUUCUCACGUAUUUGCGGAGGAGGCACCUAGCAGCAGCUCUUUGAACCGAAUAAUACACACCUUCUUAAUGGACACCAACAGCAACAUUGAAAGGCUGUGCCUGGUUGAUUCUAAGAAGCUACAUCCCUUUUUAGAGGACACGAACAUAAAUAAAUUUCUUUCAUCAUUAUACGAACAGGAGGGGAACGAAUUCCUGCAGGGAGAGAUGACUCUCUCCCCAUCAGGGCUUACUCCAGAUUUGAUUGAGCAGCUGAACCAGAUCGUUGCAGAGAAGCAAUCCGAAGAGGGGACCCCAAUGAAGGGCCAUUCCACACACCUGGUGGGGAAAGCGUCUCCUCUUGGUGGUGGUAGGGAGGACGACCUACUUGCUGAUCAACACAACGCCAUUCUAAGGAACUACCAAAAUGGGUCACCUCCCAGAGGAGAAGCGCACGAAAUGGAUCCCCCCCUGUGGAAUGCACUAAGUGGUGCCCCGAGAAAGGAAAGCCGGCAACCGUCACCGCAAGCAAAUCGUGAAGACGUGAUAAAUCUCAGAACCUCAAACCUGCAGGGGGACCACGGAGAGAACUUCGACUUGAACGACCUCCUAAAUUACGCCGAGUCGCUCAUCCUGCAGAACAGGCAAAAUGGGGCGGCCCAGGGGAGCGGCCAACCAGGUAGAGGCGGAACAGGCGGCACAUGCGGCAUAGACGGAACAGGCAACACACCGGGGCAGAUGCAAACCUAUUUGGAUGCCAAUUCGGACGCCAAUUCAGACGCCGACUCCACCGACAUAAAACACUUUGACGAAAUUUUAAGCAACUUCAUUAAAAACUUCGUGUCCACCCGGGACAGCGGGGUGCCCCCUAGUAGCUCCAGGCAAAGCGAGCAGAAGCAUGAUGACCAAAUGAACUCCUUGAAAAAUAUAGAGGAAAUUUAUUCCAAUAUAAAAAAAACCAUCUGUGAUGAGGAGGCAAGCGGGGCGGCCCCCGCGGAAGGCAGUGUCAAAAGAAAUGGAGAAUCCCUAGCCAAGCAAAUAAUCCACACCAAGAAAAAAGAGAUGCACCUGAAAAAGAGAAGCGUGCAAAAUGAGCAGCACCUUUCGAAUGCUCUAAAAAGAAGCGAAGAUUCAAAUGGAAGUAACGAGUUAAAUCAAAGCCUCGCAACAGGGGGGAAGGGACACCAACUGGGGAACCUCAUCACAGUGAAGAACAAGUCCAAAGGGAGCAUCGAGUGCUUAAGGAAGAAGGGCAAAAAGGGUACGAACGACUGGACAUAUAGCGCAUUUAAUGAGUACAUAAAUAACGAUUUAAAACUUGAAAAGAAAAAAAAAAAAAUAGGUAGCAAAACGGUUCCAAGCAGGACCGAUUCGGUGCCCUCAGAUGAUGUAGGCGCAAAUAUGAUGUUCACCCUGAUUUGUAACAGCAGCGAGGAAAAUGUUAAGAGUCAGAAGAGGAGACAAAAUAAAAUUCUCGAAGAGGCGAAACUUCACGUUGAGGAUACACAGAAGGAUGGCCAUCUAAGUGAGACACAAAACUGGGGCAACAUCUCAGAAGGGUCUCUUCCUGCGUAUGCGACUGAUGGGGGGCAUGCACACCCAAGGGGUAAAAAAUUUGAAUCCGCCCAGAAGGGGUCAUCGUCCAAGUUGAACAGCGCAAAAUUGAAGAGAGAGAGGAAUAACAAUCCAAAGCAAUUGAACGACGCAAAAAUCAACCACUCACGUGGAAGCAGUGGCAGCAGCGGUAGCAGCGUUAGCAGCACACACGAAGGGGGGACCUCCAACGCGGAAAGGGCCAACGAGCCGUACCACCGCAUACCCCAGGGGGAGACGAAAGAUGUGCCGACUCAGAGCAAAAUGUACAUUUCAAAUAGUCACAUCGUGGAUGGUAGGGAGAACUCCAACUUGGAAGACGGCCCUAGGAGAUCACUCCUUCAAGACAGUCAAAAAUGGAAGGGCAAAAAUGAGAAGUGCCACCAGACGGGGGAGCUAACAUUAGGCGUUGCGCAUAUUACACAAAAGGGGCUUCUUCUCCAUGGGAGUAAAUCCAAUAGCAGCGUCUCCGCACCGGCGCUGAGGUGCCCCCUCGGUCAUGCAAAAAGGAACAGUGAGUACGCCCAUGAGGGGACGCAAAAGAGCCUCAACAUGGAAAGCCCCCACAUUGCAGAACACCAAGAGAUACCGUCAAACCAGCUAAAGGAAAAAGAAAAUGCAAAAUGGAAUCACCAACUGGUGAGCGUAAAAAUGAGCGGAGCAAGCAACCCAACACACAUCCCAUCCCCUGUAAAGGAGUACUUCAUGCAUAGCAACCAAGAGAGUUACAACCAUUCCAGCAACUUCUAUUCAGCGCAAGGUUGUGAGCGAUCUGGUGAAGGCAACCCCUAUGGAGGGGAGCUCUCCAACCGUUCUAAUUCCCCCAAAUGUGGUGAAAAAAAAAAUGAUGACUCUUACAAAUCUUCAAAUGCACACCAAACGAGCAGCAACUUUAACCUGGACACCCAUGACCUCAUAAAGGAUUUGAAAAAAUAUUUGUGCUCAUCUCCAAAUAGCGUCGAUCUGGAAGACAGCAAACUGAAUGAUACCUUCCUCCUCGAGUUUAUCAACAAAUACUUGGAGAAUAGCAACCCCUGUGAAGUGAGCGUAUACAACGAAGUGGUGUUUGAAGAGGCAAGCGCAAAAAGGGAUAGCCACCAAGUUGCCACCGAGCAGAAGAACCAACAGAGCGAACGCACCAACGUUAGAGGCACACAAGAAAAAAAAACAGAGUACUACCAUCUGUGUGAUGAUAAGAAGUGGAAGGGAGAGGAAGACAAAAACGUAGGGGGGACACUCUCCUCCAAUUUUUACGAUGAAUACAUUGUGAACUUCCUCAAUACGUAUAUGUUUGAAAACAGCGACCGGUUGAUGAAGAACGCCGUUUUGAAAGACAAGCAGGAAGGAAGUGCGAAGGUGGAGAAGGACGUGGGAAAGGAUGGACUACCACUGGACGUUAAAUCUGCAAUGGUCUUCAAGAAGGGUGAAAAGGAGGGCUUCCUCCAUUUGGAUUGUGGUAGUUUCUAUGGUAAUGCAAAUCAUGAUGAUGGGCAGGGAAAACUCCACAGUGAUUACUACAAUAAAGAGGAAGGCAUUACCCUCAAAGGGGCUCAACUAAAGAAGAAACAAAAUGACACCCAUUUAGGAGGAAGUAACUUGCAUAGGAAGGAGCCCAAUAGAUAUCUGUUCAACGCCAAUGAGGUAAGAAUUACUGGGGAACACGUGCCAUGGGAUCACGCUGGAGAAACCGUUCACCCCUACAAGGAUCGAAACAAAAAAGGGACCCUCUUUUCAAGACAAAGCAUGCUUGAGGAGUUAGUUAUUUCGAAGGGGAAAGAAGACGAGGUAGCAGAACAGAGGCAACAAAACGGUGGCAAAAAUGAGAAGAAAAAAACGACCAGUGACAUCUUCUACAGCAUAAGCAACUUAGAAAGUGUUAACGAAGAUGAACCGCUGAUUCGUUUGAGAGGCAAAACGAACAGCAGCAACAAUCACUCAGGGGAGGAAAAGGAAAAAGGAAUGAUAAUUAAAAAGGCGGAUUUAAAUUUAGUCUUGCAAAGCAGUGGUAGCGAAAAACAGAGUCACGAAGAUGCCCCCUCCUCUGAUGAAGCAAACUCUGCGAACGGUGUGGAAACUGCACAAAAGGAACAUCCCCUUCACAUUUAUAAACCAGAUGUGAACAUAUUUGGCCAAGCGUACGGAUUUGAAAGCAAACUAUCUGACGUUAGCUCGUCUGCGGGCAUUGAACCCUCGGGGCUACUAGUCGGAAGCGACGCCUUGUACGAAUCCUUCGCUUAUAAAAGUUUCGAAAAUGUAGAUAACAUGAAAAGAGGGGUGCACCAGAUGAGCAGUAAAGAAGCUACGGAUGAUGCGGGUGGGGACUUGGGCGAACAGAAAUCAGCGGGCACAGUCAGUGGGGAAAUUGAUGGGUCUAACGAAAAGGAUAAAAUGGAAACGCUUCCCUAUAGAGGUGUUGUCACGGAGGAAGGUGCUAAUAGGAGCAGCUGUGCUGGGGAGAUGAAGGGGGAACAGGGUCAACCGCGCUGCGUCUCUCCCCCCACUUGGAACCAUUCAACGGUGCACACCGCGGGGAUAGACGCGAUAGGCUCAGGUAGGCAAGCAGAGCUAAACCGAGGUGAGCCCAACCCAAGUAGAGAAGACCACCUGGGAAGCACCCACGCAGAGCAUCAAAUCGGGAAGGAAAAAAAUUACCUAAAAGGCAAUUUUACCAAUUAUGAAAUAUACGAUGGUUCAAAAAUCAGCGGCGGUAUCGGUGAGAGAACUGGCGCAAAUGCAACAGACCAAUCGAAGAACGAAGCGAAUACCCAGGUGGAGAUGAACCUUUGCGGAAAAACUCCCCCCUUCGAGGAAGAGAAAAUAACACAAUCUAAGUGCAGCACCAAUUUGGGAGCAGCCCCACUCGGAGAUAGUUACAAAAAUGUUAACCACGUGGAUGUGCUCCAAGUGGACCACAACAUGGUCACAAAAAUGAUGACUUAUGAUGAGCCAGAAGCAGGGAAGAUUCCACUGUUAUGCACAUAUGGAGGAAAAGUACCCAAAAAUGUUGGAGGCUCUCCGAACAACUCCUUCUUACCUGGGGAAAGAUCUUCCUCUCUGGGAGGCAAAAGUCCCAUCGAUUCUCAAAACGGUUCACCAAGUAACCACAUAAAGGGGAGGAACAAAUCUGGCUGCUCCAGCAGCGUGGAAGGAGCCCAACAGAACAUCCCUCAAACGGAUGAGCGAAAGAAGACGCGGGGUAAUUCCUAUCAGCAGCACUUCCUGAGAAGGGAAACACGUGUGGGUGCUGGUCCUCGAGGCGGAAAAGAUGCCUCUCAUGGGGGAGGGAAAAAAAAAGAUGAUGCAGAAGAGGUGCACGUGGACGAAGCGACCAACUCGAUCGAUGAGGUCGAAGCGGACAUAGACGACUCCUCCGGAGAGUCCUCCUCGAAGGGGAACGCGCGAACGAGUUGGAGGCCCCCCAGGAGCCACACCAAAUUGACGCUCACGGAGAGGACGCCCAUCAGCUUAGGAAACUCGCAAAGCACUGAAAGUGACGUGGAGGAGAAGCGAAGUGCAACGAAAAAAUGGGAUUUGGUGGGUGCACAUCGCCAUAAGCAGGAAAAUGAAUUGAGCCCAAGAAGGAGAAAAAAAAAGAACUGCACCACCGUAAGAGGCCGCAUCAUGAAGAACAGCGAUCACAUUUUCUACAACUCGGACUACAUCAAACACUUCAACAGCAUCAUUAAAACGUAUUCGUGGUCACCUGAAAAUUUACACAUAGGGGAGAGCAAUUACUCCCUCAAAAAAUACAACACGUGUAUAGACACGGCCAGCACAGAAGAUAGUGAUGACGCAUCGAAAGUGAAAUACUUCGUGAAGGAUGUCCUGGGAGAAAACUCCAAUUCGAUUGCCUCAUCCAGUGGGUACGAAAAGGGAGAGAAGAGCAAACGCAACAGGGAACUCAGCCGUGAAGCAAAAUUGCACCAUCUUCUAAAAUCGCGCAAAGAAAAGCGUAAAGAAUACAAGCACAAAGCCCUUCACGGGGACGUAAUGAAAAGUAUCAAAACGGACACGCAAGAAUCCUUCAUUGAGUUAAUCGAACAGGGUAACAUUUUCCCCACUAUAAGACGCAGCAGGGAGAGAAGUGGUGCCCUCCAUCGUAGUCUCCCCUCGAACAGUGACAACGGUAUGAUGCAAAAGGGAGGGAAGCUAUCCAAAAGGGGCACAUCAAAUUAUUUCCCCUCUUCCCACCAUUCCAGUUUUUCCCAUUCCUCCGAGCAAAGUGACCUUCCGCGAGAGAGCAACACGCAGCUGUGCGCCAGGAAAGAUCUCAAGGAGCCCCCCAAACUGAGUAGCCUAUCGCAGAGUGGCCUCAACAUGGAGGACAUAAAAGUGUUCACAGAUGACGGGUUCAAUGACGAGUACAAUCUUUUUUACAACUGGAAUGAACUCAAUAAGGAAGUUAACCAUGAAAUGGAGAGAAAGGAAAAUUACAAAAAAAAAUAUUUUUCCAAAAAAAAAAUGAACAGUUUGAGGCUGUUCAGAGGCAAUCUUAACAAGUCACGCGGGAGGCUCCAUUUAAGUGAAGACAUUUAUGUCGAUGGUGGUACCUCACGGGGAAGGCAAAAUGGUAGCAGUUCACCAUUUUACAAUGGCACAAAAGGGAUGCGAAGGGCGGUCACUAUAGGGGAUGCCGACUCGAGCAAUUUUUACAGCUUAGAAAAAAGGGGAAACAAAAAUGCAGUCUCGGUCAACACAUUGGGAGAGGAGACCACACGGAGGGGACCCACUGUUCGCGGGCUUCACAGUGCGCAUGACUCCAAUUACGAACUGAAGAACGGCCUAGCGAAAAGAGGACACACACAAAACAACAGCUCGUCUAUCAUUUCUCUGGAUGAAGAAAAGUUGGUAAGAAACGACCUGACCAUUGCAAAAAAUUUGCAGCACGACGAAUCGGUUCAUAUAAAUUCUAACUUCUCUUUCGAAUCGAAGUAUGCGGGAAGUUUGUGGCAAAAGGUGAAAGGCGGCGCAGUUGGGGAGAGGACCAAUCUAGAGGAUAGCACCGUAAUGGACUCCCCAACAGGGAAGUACCACCCUAAGCAUGACGGCUACUCGAACGGGGGAGUUAACACAGGUAGGAAAAACAUAAAGACCAAUUCGAAGGGAGAAGUAAUGAAAAGAACACUAAGCAAAAGGGAAAAAUCGCUAACUGGGGGACAAACCAACACAAACCAUUUGGCAUCAUCACACCUACCGCCGGAUUCUCCAGACAAUUUCGUUCACGAGUUAAAAAGAAAACUGGCCGCAAAAAAUGCCCAGGAGAAGAAAAACCAAAUGGGGAGCGACCCAAAUCAUGAUGGUGACAACCAGGCGUCCAAAAAGAAGACCCAAAUCGACGCCAAAAAGCAGACCCAAAUCGAAGCUAAAAAGAAGACCCACAUCGACGCCAAAAAGCAGACCCAAAUCGACGCCAAAAAGCAGACCCAAAUCGACGCCAAAAAGCAGACCCACAUUGACCCCAAAAAACUUACCAGCGCCAUUCGAAAUUUUAAAAAUUACAAAAAAAUGUCUCGUGACAAUAUGAAAGCCGCCCAAGUGCGACUGCCACCAAAGAACGCAGACGCGAAGAAACACAAACCUUUAAAACUGCGCUACUCGGUGGACAGCUUCUACAAUGUUAUAAAUAGCGAAGACGACGCAAAUGAGGACAUGUUCGUCCGCAGGCCGCAGCAGUGA